CAAAGCAGUGAGGGCAUGAUACAGGGAGGGCAUGAUGAUCUCAAAAAACACUACUGUCUACCACUGGCUUAACAUCACGUAUUGCUUAACAAGUUAUCAGAUAAAGCUCGUAUCUUUGCUGCUUGUACACUGGACCAAAUUGUUCUAGCCUACGGAGCAUCUUAGCGCUUGCUGGCGCCCUUAAAAGUUAGAAGCAUCUUCCAGCAGUGAACCGAAUCUUGGCAAAGCACGACUGAUAACAUCGCGAGGUCGUAAUGGCGUAUCUUGGAGGCUAUGGCGACUAUGACCAAGACGCGUGCCCCGCGUGCGUGAACGAAUGUCAUCAGAGUGACCCGUACAUGUUGCUUCGUGGCGGGCAGAAUCCUGUAGCACAAUCGCAAUUUCUACCCGGAUUAAUAUCGCCCACUUAUAUUGUACCCCUUGUGGGGUGGCUUCUGGGUUUCGUUAGUGGCGUGGUUGCUAUAAAGUUGAUGUCAGCUCACGAAUCUGAGAUCGCCGAGUAUAUACAGUCGCCUAUAUCGCCGUUUUCGUCUGAUCUGCAGCAGCAGCAGCAGCAGCAGCAGCAGCAGCAACAACCGUGUUGCGGAUGUCAUAUCCCAAAGUGUUACUCAUAAUCUCAGAAAGCGAGAUUUCGAAUUUUCUCUCGUCUCAAGCAAACAAAUGCAAUAAAUAACGUCUUGAUUAUGUUAUGUUAGCCAUAGCCGAUAUGGAUAGUA